AUGUGCUUCAUGGCCAAAUCGGAUACUAGUGAGGUAAGAACUCCUAGUUGCUCUAAAUGCAUUGAUCUUCAAGCAACUCUUGACUUGGUCACUGAUGACCUUCAAAAGAUGAUUGAUGAAUACAAUAAAUUAGCCAAGGAAAAGAAGAAUUGGCAAAUUCAACUAGAAGCAAGUCAAAUUGAAGUAGACUUGCUCGAAGAAGAACUAGGUGAAAUCAAAAUGCAAUUGAAUAGCAUUAAGAAGUCACCUAGCCACAGUUCUAAUGGAGUCAUUGAGAGAAAGAAUAGAUCACUUCAGGAUACUGCCAAAACAAUGCUUCUUGAACAAGGACUACCCGAUCGCUUUUGGGCUGAAGCAGUACCACCACCUAAAAUACCUCAAACUCAGGAAAUUGAAGGAAAUUCUGUUCAAGAAAAAGUUGACAAAGCUACUUCUGAGCCUCAACAAAUAAACUUGCUAGGAGAAUGGAGAAGUGAAGCUAGUUAUCCAAAUGAUUUUAUCCUUGGAGAUCUAAAAGCCAAAAUUCAAACCAGAGCAUCUCACAAGCAGAUGACUGCAGUCGCGCUUAUAUCACAACUGGAGCCCAAGAAAGUUGAUGAAGCCUUAAAUGACAAAUCAUGUAUAACUGCCAUGCAAGAAGAACUUGAUCAAUUUGAACGAAAUCAGGUAUGGAAGUUGGUUCCCAGACCUAAAAAUGUAUAUGUCAUAGGGACAAAAUGGGUCUUCAGGAACAAGCUGAAUGAAUCUAGACAAGUGAUAAGAAACAAAGCACAACUUGUAGCCCAAGGCUAUUCUAACAAGAAGGUAUCGACUAUGGUGAAACUUUUGCUCCCGUUGCAAGGUUAG